AUGACAUACACGGCCAAUGCACUUUGGAGCAACCGCAGCGGUUCGCAAGCUGACCAGGCGGGUUUACAAUCGCGUGGUGCUGGAACACGCUGCCAGGCAUCGCGCUCUCCUGCUCUUGGCUCGCCUGCCAUGGCCUCCCUGAUCACCUAG